AUGAGUAUCUUGGAGCUGGAGGUAGGUGUGCUCGUUAUAACUCCUUUGACGGAUCGAUGCUACCUAUGUCUGAUGGGCGCGCUUCAGCUGGACCUGGGCGGAGCACCAGCGGGUCCAGCUGGCACCGGGAAGACAGAAACAACCAAAGACCUGGCCAAGUCACUCGCCAUACAGUGCGUCGUAUUCAAUUGUUCAGAGGGUUUGGAUUACAAAAUGAUGGGUCGCUUCUUCUCUGGUCUGGCCACGUCGGGAGCUUGGUGUUGCUUCGACGAGUUCAAUAGAAUUGAUAUAGAAGUGUUAUCAGUGAUCGCGCAACAACUCAUCACUAUAAGGAAUGCAAAGGUUGCUAAACAAUCCAGGUUUAUGUUUGAAGGUCGUGAGAUUAAACUCGUUAGAACUUGCGCUGCAUUUAUUACAAUGAACCCGGGCUAUGCGGGCAGGACAGAACUCCCUGAUAACUUGAAAGCUCUGUUUCGUCCCAUCUCCAUGAUGGUACCCGAUUAUGCUUUAAUAGCUGAAGUCAUUCUAUACUCCGAGGGUUUCGAGUCCUCAAAGGGUCUGGCCAAGAAGAUGGUGCAAAUGUAUAAAUUAUCAAGCGAACAGUUAUCCAAACAAGAUCAUUACGACUUUGGGAUGAGGGCCGUCAAGAGUGUGUUGGUAAUGGCGGGUGCUUUGAAACGCGCCAGUCCUGAUCAGCACGAAGAGAAAACUCUACUCUGUGCUUUGAACGACAGUAACCUGCCUAAAUUCUUGGCCGCGGACGCGAUUCUAUUCGCCGGAAUAUUAUCAGAUUUGUUCCCCGGAGUUGAUCUACCUGAAAGGGAUUACGGUGUCAUGGUUGACGUUAUAACUGAAAUGCUGCUGGAGAGAAAACUGCAGGUAAUGACGUGUCAGAUCAGGAAGGUGAUUCAGCUCCACGAAACUAUGAUAGUGAGGUGGGGCGUGAUGCUGGUUGGACCGACAGGUGGAGGGAAAACUGUCGUACUUCAUGUGCUGGGUGACACUUACACUCGUCUGUAUGAAAACGGUGUCGUAGGUCCACAGUAUCAACAAGUACACAAAUAUAUAAUGAAUCCAAAAAGUCUAACUAUCGGGGAACUGUACGGCGAGGUCAAUUUACAAACACUUGAGUGGCACGAUGGCAUACUGCCUCUGUCACUGAGAACCGCAGUGCAGUUCGAGACUCCUGACCACCAAUGGCUGAUCUGCGAUGGUCCGGUGGAUGCUGUGUGGAUAGAGAACAUGAACACGGUCCUGGAUGACAAUAAAAUGCUUUGUCUCUCAAACUCUGAGAGAAUCAAGCUCACGCCUUACGUGCAUAUGGUGUUCGAGGUGGCAGACUUAGCGCAGGCUUCUCCGGCGACUGUUUCUCGUUGUGGUAUGGUGUACAUAGACCCUGAUGAGAUGGGUUAUUUACCUUAUGUACGUUCCUGGCUAGAAGCUGCAGUUGACCGAAACCUCGUAAAUCAAGAAAACUCCGAGUUUCUGUACGAAUUGUUCAAAAUGUUGGAGGUGGGAGUCAAUCAUGUUAACACCAAAUGCAGUGUGGGAAUCAAACAGGUGGACAUUAGUAAAGUAUCAGCACUGUGUGUCUUACUUGGCGCUUUGCUUGGAGAACCUGGUGAUAGAUUCUCGGAUAAAGCAGCAGUUAAAAUUUAUAUAGCGCACUGUUUUAUAUUCUGCUACGUGUGGAGCAUUGGUGGAAACAUUAUUGAAGCCAACAGAAAGACUUUUGAGGAGAUCAUUAAAAGGCAGUUUGAAACCUUCGAAGAGGCUGAAUACUUUCCCCAAGGCUUCAAUUUCUUUGAUAUGUAUAUGGAUACGCGUCAUCGUAAACUGAAGGUGUGGGCGGAGAUCAUUCCCGAGUUUAUCUACGACUGUAAUAAACCUUUCUUCGAGACUCUAGUACCGACGAUCGAUACAGUAAGAUAUGGAUACUUAUUCGAGAAGCUUCUGACUGCUGGGAAACCAGUUAUGUUCACUGGAAAUACUGGUGUUGGAAAAACAGUGGUAGCAGCGGAGGUUCUUAAGAAAAUGUCGUUAACUGGCACCUUUAUUCCUGUAAUGCUGAAUUUCUCAGCUCAAACGAGUAGUAUACGAACUCAAGAAGUUAUCGAGUUACGUUUGGACAAGCGCCCUAGGAAAGCGAUCGGUGCGCCGCUAGGAAAGAAGGUUAUUAUAUUUAUUGAUGACGUCAACAUGCCGCGUCUUGAUGUAUAUGGAGCUCAACCCACCAUUGAACUUCUACGUCAGUAUCUGGAUUUUGGCGGUGUAUAUGACCGAGACAAGCUAUAUUGGAAGGAUAUCCUGGACGUGGUGUUAUCGUGUGCGUGCGCUCCGCCCGGGGGUGGGAGAAAUCCACUCACAGCUCGCUUCGUGAGACACUUCGCAAUGUUCUUUAUAUCCGCACCAAACGCUGAGGCUAUGAAAACCAUAUUUAAGGCAAUUCUAAACGGGCACAUGGAGGACUUCGUUACUGAAGUGUCGGUUCUCGGAGAACCCAUAGUCAACGCAGCCGUAGAAGUUUACCUCAAGAUUUGUGCGGAGUUGUUGCCAACGCCUGCUAAGUCGCAUUAUGUAUUUAAUUUGAGAGAUCUUUCCAAAUCAAUGCAGGGAGUGCUACAAGCAAACGCCGCUUACAUGAGACUCCCUCAAGGGAUGCUUAGGCUCUUCUAUCACGAAUGUCUGCGAGUAUUUCACGAUCGUCUAAUCAAUAUAGAGGACAAGAGUUACUUCUUCCAUCUCAUGAGUAACGUCUGCCAAAAGAACUUUCAGCAUUCGAUCUUGGAAAUACCGGAUACUCCUAUCAUAGAGGACCCACCGUUGCUACUUUUCGGUGACUUUCUUAACUCGGCCAUACCAAAAGAAAACAGGAUCUACCAGGAAAUACCUGACAUAGAUAAAUUAAUGGUUGUCUUGAAGGAAUAUUUAGAGGAGUAUAAUUCAACGGCUCGCGCCGAGAUGCACUUGGUGUUGUUCCGCGACGCUGUCGAGCAUGUCGUGCGUGUGGCGAGGGUUUUACGCGCGGAGCGAGGUCAUUGUCUGAUGGUUGGCACUGGAGGCUCGGGCAGACGGUCCGUGGCAACACUGGCUGGACAUGUCAAUGAGUGCAAAUGUAUGGGUAUGGAGUUAAAGCGCAAUUACGAUACUCCAGAAUUCCACGACGAUCUCCGUAACAUGUACAUGCGUGCCGGCGUCUCCGGUGACGAUACUGUCUUCCUGUUUACUGAUACACAAAUCACCAAGGAAGAGUUCCUCGAGGACAUCAAUAAUAUGCUCAACUCAGGUGAAGUACCGAAUCUGUUUGAGGGCGACACUUACGAGCAGGUUCAAUCGGGUUGUCGAAAUGAAGCAGCAAAAGUAGGAAUAAAUCCAUCAGAUAGAGACGCUGUUUAUUAUUACUUCAUUAACAAGGUGCGGUCGAAGCUGCAUCUGUGUAUAUGUAUGAGCCCAGUCGGAGAGGCGUUCAGACGUCGCUGUCGCAUGUUUCCCUCCCUGGUAAACUGCUGCACCAUAGACUGGUUCACAAAGUGGCCACCAGAGGCUCUGCGUUCUGUGGCACAACAGUGUUUGCAGCCGCUUGGUGAUGAAAAAAUUAUCAAUAUGAUAUCCACACUGGCCGUUUCUAUGCAUCAGGACGUGGAUGUGAUGACUGAGCGAUUGUUUGAAGAGAUGAGGCGUCAUUUCUAUUCUACACCUAGCAGCUACCUCGAUCUCCUUAAGCUGUACCUGUCUUUAUUAGAUAAGAAGCAGCAAGAAAUUAUACGGGGAAGGGAUAGAAUUUCCUGUGGAUUACAGAAAUUGUACGAAACCUACGAAGUUGUUGGUGUUAUGGAGCAGCAAGUGCGUGAAAUGGAACCUAUCCUUGCUAAAAAAGCAGAGGAGGGCAUGGCACUGGUUGCUCGGCUUAAAGUUGAACAGAAGGCCGCUGACGAAGUCAAGCAAGCUGUGAUGAAGGAUGAAGCUGAGGCUAAAAUAAAAGCAGAAGAAGUAAAGAAAAUAGCUGACGAGGCGAAGGCGGACUUAGCGUUGGCAAUGCCAGCGAUGGAGGCGGCACAGAACGCUUUGAAGGCACUUAACAAGGCAGAUAUUAAUGAAUUGAAAGCUUUCCAGAAGCCACCGGCUCUAGUGCGCUUUGUAAUGGAACCGGUCUGCAUUCUUCUCGGUGCAAAACCAGACUGGGAUUCCACAAAAAAACUACUGGCUGACGUCAACUUUAUUCGUAAUUUAGAAGAGUACGACAAAGAUCAUAUUCCAGAUGCAUUGCUAAAGAAAAUUAAAACUUAUUUGACACAUAAGGACUUCAAUCCUGAUACAGUGGUCAAAGUCUCCAAGGUUUGCCGCUCUAUGGUACUAUGGGUUCAAGCUAUUGACAUGUAUGCAAAAGUUUUUAGGGUUGUAGAACCGAAGAUUCUCAAACAUAAAGAAGCAGCUGCUAUAUUAAAAAGUGUGAUGGCUGUACUGAGAGCAAAACAGAAAGAGGUUGAAGCCAUCGAAGCUAUGUUAGCGAAAAUGAUGGACGAGUUAAAGGUUGUAGAGGAGGAACGUAUCAAAUUACAAGCAGAUGUUGAUUUAGCGUCCGCGAGGUUGUCUCGAGCUGGGAAACUAACGCAAGCACUCGCUGACGAGAAAACUCGGUGGGAAGAAGGUGUCAAGGCAGCAACCUUUAAACUUCACUGUACCACGGGCGAUAUAAUUAUAGCGUCGGGCUGUAUCGCUUACUUCGGAGCCUUUCCUUCGAAUUACAGAAGAGAACUAGAGAAUAAAUGGGUCGACCAGUGUCGGGAAUUGGAGAUACCGUCUUCAGAGUCGUUUGACCUGAUAUCAAUAAUGGCGGAUUCUUACACGGUGCGUACAUGGAACGCUCAAGGGUUGCCUCGAGACUCAAUAUCCACUGAGAAUGGUAUAUUAGUGACACGCGCAGGAAGAUGGCCGCUCACUAUCGAUCCUCAAGAACAGGCAAACAGAUGGAUAAAGAACAUGGAGCGUAGUAACGGCUUACAGAUUACGAAGUUAAACGAUGUUGCAUACUUGAGGAUGCUGGAAAACUGUAUACGUCUAGGUUGGCCCAUGCUCAUAGAGGAUCUCGGGGAGUCCUUGGAAGCUACGCUAUCUCCUGUUUUGCUCAAACAAACUUUCAUGCAGGCCGGUCGUCUUCUUAUUCAUCUUGGUGAUAGUGACAUCGAAUAUGACACGAAUUUCCGUCUCUACCUUACAACCAAACUCGCAAAUCCACAUUACUUACCAGAAAUCUGCAUACAAGUGACCCUUGUCAACUUCACUGUGACACUUUCGGGUUUGGAAGACCAAUUGCUGGCAGAUGUGGUGCGUUUGGAACGACCUGAUUUAGAAUUGCAGCGAUCAGAGUUGAUAGUACGAAUUAAUGCUGAUAAAGCAUCGUUGUUGGAAAUAGAGGAUAAGAUCUUACGGUUGCUAUACGCGUCUUCUGGAAAUAUCCUUGAUGACGAGGAACUUAUUGAAACUCUGAACGAGAGUAAGGAAACAUCAGAGAUAAUAAACGCUCGGUUGGAGGAGACUGAAGCGACGGAGGUGAGUAUAUCAGCUGCGAGGGAGAAGUACCGCACUGUGGCGACACGUGGUGCUGUUUUAUACUUCGCGGUCGCUCAACUGGCUGACAUAGAUCCCAUGUACCAGUUCUCGCUCAAGUAUUUCAACCAGGUUUUCAACUUGGUUAUAGAGAAGAGUGAAAAAAGCGAUGUACUGGAGACCCGUCUCGAGAUAUUGCUCCGUGAGAUUACACUAUCCGUAUACCGCAAUGUGUCGCGAGGUCUUUUUGAACGACACAAGCUGGUUUUCAGUUUCUUAUUGAACAUGGCUGUAUACCUACACGCCGGUUUAGUCAGACACGACCAAUGUGACUUCAUACUCAGAGGACCUGCUGGCACUAAAGUGGUGCCACCAAAGAAACCUCCGGUGGAAACUCUAACGGAACAGAUGUGGUUGGCCGUGAAUCACUUACAAGAAACUGAUCCAAGCUUCGAGAACUUCGUGAAGGACUGUCAGCGACGAAUACAAAUAAAGCUUGGCACAUUUUCGCUGGAGAUUCACGUUAACAAAAACGAUAAAAACCCAGCAGUAGUGAACUGGGACGAACAUCUGAAUUCUUUUGAGAAAUUAAUGUUAAUAAAGUCUAUAAAAGAAGAGAAGCUUGUGUUCGCUAUAGCUCAGUACGUGAGCACGAGUCUCGGCUCCGUAUUCAUAGAGAGUCCUACUGUUCAAUUGAAUACCCUAUACGCUGACACAACUUGUUCUAUACCUUUGGUAUUCGUGCUAAGUACGGGAUCGGAUCCAUUUGGUGCGUUCCAAAAAUUUGCUACUGAAAUGGGAAUGAGAGAUAGAGUUCACUCGAUAUCACUCGGUCAGGGCCAAGGACCGGUUGCAGAGAAAAUGAUAAACGCUGCCAAACCCAAAGGAGAUUGGGUAUUUUUGCAGAAUUGUCAUCUAGCAGCUUCCUGGAUGUUGAGUCUUGAACUAAUAGUUGCUAAUAUGGGCAGCGAUCAAAGUGGCUUGCAUCCAGAUUUUCGACUCUUUCUCAGUUCAAUGCCUACACCGAAAUUUCCUGUUUCCGUGUUACAAAAUUCAGUGAAAGUUACUAACGAGCCUCCCAAAGGUCUAAAAGCGAACGUGAAAAGAGCGCUGAUAGAAAUGGAAGACGACUUUUUUGAAAAUCACGUUUUGGGACAAGAUUGGCGAACGAUGCUAUUCGGUAUAUGCAUGUUUCAUGCUAUUAUUCAAGAAAGAAAGAAGUUCGGUCCACUUGGUUGGAAUAUCACAUACGAGUUUAAUAAUAGCGACCGGGAAUGUGCUUUACUGAAUUUGCAAAUGUUCUGUGAGGCUGGUCAUAUACCAUGGGAUGCUUUGGAGUAUAUUACGAGUCAGAUUACAUACGGUGGUCGAGUCACUGACAUGUGGGAUCAGAGAUGUCUAACAACCAUUCUCGAGCUAUUCUUCUCGCCCCCUACUUUGGAAGACGACUACACUUAUUCACCUUCCCGUAUAUAUUACUGUCCUAGACUUGAAAAGUUACAGGACGUUCGUGAUUAUAUCGAUACAUUACCAGUGAUAGAAGAUCCCGAAAUUUUUGGUAUGCAUGAGAAUGCCAAUAUCGCCUACGAGAAUAAAGAAACUAGUACGCUCAUUCGGACGAUAGUAGAUGUUCAACCUCGUACAGGAGGUGGAGGUGGUGGGGAUACACCAGAUCAGAUCGUAUGGCGUAUUUGUGAUCAGACGAGAGCAGUUGUCGUUAGAAAGGUGGACAGAAACCUCAUCAACCCCGAGCUCAUGAUACCAGAUGACAUGGGACAAUUACACUCGCUCUCAACCGUCCUAUUACACGAGACUGACAGAUUCAACACUCUACUAGCACUCAUCCAUUCAUCACUUACUGAACUGCAAAAAGCUAUUAAGGGCGUGGUCGUGAUGUCAGAAGCAUACGAAGAAGUAUUCAAUUCAUUCCUCAAUAAUAAGGUACCAGAGAUGUGGCAUCGCAAAGGAUACAAUUCUCUUAAGUCGUUGGGCAGCUGGAUACAUGACCUCACACUGCGGAUCGACUUUAUAGAGCGAUGGUUGAUUGACGGCGGCGCUCCAAGUAGCUGGGUGUCGGGUCUUUUCUUCCCUCAAGGCUUGUUGACGGGUUCUCUUCAGGCGUACGCGAGACGAUACAGGGUGCCCAUAGAUGCACUCAUGUUCGAUUUCAUACCAACACAGAUAUUUCUAUCCCAAGAGGAUGUUUACAAACAGAAUAAGAAGAAGGCCAAAGAUGAUGAGACGAAUGUUUACGGUUCGUUGGAGAAGCCUGAAGACGGUGUGAACAUUCACGGACUAUUCAUAGACGCUGGUCGAUGGGACGUAACUCACGACUGUCUCUCAGACGCUUUGCCAGGUCAAAUGAACCCAUCUCUGCCCGUGGUGUGGUUCAAGCCUGUUUUGUCGCUACCCAAACCCGACCCUCGUUACGAGGCGCCUCUCUAUAAGACCUCUGAACGAGCCGGGGUUCUAUCCACGACUGGCCACAGCACUAACUUCGUCCUGCCGGUUCUGUUACCAGCUGACCAGCCUUCCGAGUUCUGGAUCAUCCGAGGAACAGCGCUACUCACACAGAUCACUGACUGA